UGGAGGGACUAGUCAAGCUCCGGACUGUUCGGGAAGCGCCGACCGAGUGCAUCUGCCCCCCGGGGCCCCCUGGACGGCGUGGCAAGCCUGGAAGAAGAGGCGAUCCCGGUCCUCCAGGGCAAUCAGGACGAGAUGGCUACCCGGGGCCACUGGGUCUGGAUGGAAAGCCUGGACUUCCAGGCCCCAAGGGAGAAAAGGGUGCACCAGGAGACUUUGGGCCCCGGAUGGUUUUCCCACGGCUCAAUCCAGGCUUUAUAAGUAGAGACCAUCACUUGUACAAUCGCCGCAUCCUCAAGGGAGACCAAGGGCAAAAUGGAGCUGCUGGGCCUCCAGGGCCCCCUGGACCCCCUGGGGCUCGUGGCCCUCCUGGCGACACUGGAAAAGAUGGUCCCAGGGGAGCACCAGGCCCAGCGGGUCCAAAAGGAGAAGCUGGACAAGACGGUGAGACGGGCCCAAAGGGACCCCCAGGGCCCAAGGGUGAGCCCGGCAUCCCUGGAAAGAAGGGGGAUGAUGGGACACCAAGCCAGCCAGGGUUCCCUGGACCUCCGGGGCCCAAGGGCGAGCCAGGGAGCAUGGGGCCGAGGGGAGAGAACGGCGUGGAUGGUGCCCCAGGGCCAAAGGGGGAGCCUGGCCAGCGAGGAGCCGAUGGAGCAGCAGGGCUGCGGGGUCCCCAGGGCCUCAAGGGUGAGCAAGGAGACACGGUGGUGAUUGACUACGAUGGCAGGAUCUUGGAUGCCCUUAAGGGUCCUCCCGGCCCACCAGGACCCCCAGGGCCACCAGGAAUCCCUGGAGCCAAGGGUGAGCUCGGAUUGCCCGGUGCCCCUGGAAUUGAUGGAGAAAAGGGUCCCAAAGGACCAAAAGGAGACCCAGGAGAGGCUGGGCCAACUGGACCCAAAGGGGAAGCAGGCGAAAUGGGCCUGUCUGGCCUCCCGGGUGCCCACGGCCCCAAGGGGGAGAAGGGAGAGCCAGCAUCUGACAACCUACCAGAGAGCCUGGCCCAGAUCAUAGUGGAGCCAGGGCCCCCUGGCCCUCCUGGCCCCCCAGGCCCCAUGGGCCUUCAGGGAAUCCAGGGUCCCAAGGGCUUGGAUGGAGCAAAGGGAGAGAAGGGCGAGUCAGGGGAGAGAGGCCCCAGCGGCCUGCCUGGGCCAGUUGGCCCACUAGGCCUUAUUGGACUGCCAGGAACCAAAGGAGAGAAGGGCAGACCCGGAGAGCCAGGACUAGAUGGUUUCCCUGGACCCCGAGGAGAGAAAGGCGACCGGAGCGAGCGUGGAGAGAAGGGGGAGCGAGGCAUCCCCGGCCGGAAAGGAAUGAAGGGCCAGAAGGGUGAGCCGGGACCCCCAGGCCUGGACCAGCCCUGCCCUGUGGGCACUGAUGGGCUGCCCGUGCCUGGCUGCUGGCAUAAGUGAUCCUCAAAUACCCAGCUCACAACCUGUACAGAUCCAUGUGGACAUUUUUAAUUUUUGUAAAAACAAAACUAAUAUAUUGAUCUUUUUUCACGGGAUGCACCGCCUGUGGCCUUUAACCUUUGAGCAUGUGCCCAGCCCAGCCCCAAACGAUCAGCAUGUGAAGCUGGCAGGAACGUGGACAGGCCAAUCAGGGAACUGUGUACUUGAGGGGCAACCACAGAACUUGACUCUCCUGGGAAGGAGACGAAGGUGAGGUGCCUGGCUCAGAUGAGGCUGCAAGGAUGCCGGGUUGGGCCUUCAGUCACCUGAUUAGCAGAGAGACCCUGGCUGCCCGGCUGCCCUACAAGAGCCUGCUCCCUGAAGCUCCAGAGCCCCUGGGGGGCCACCUGGGGCAUGGACAGCCACUGCAGCUGCUCCUGGCUUCUUCAGCCAGAGCCAGCUGCCUACCCUCUCAGGCCCGCCUGGACCCUAGGUUCACCAGGACAGGACAAGACUCCCACCCAGCACUUGCAGCUGGGUACUGGGAGCUGUAGAAAGCACCCCAAGCUGGUCUAGCUCUCACGAAGUUCAUUAGGCCUCAGGAAGCCAGCCUGUAUGAGAACACAUGUCCUCUGGCCAGGAGUACAGGCCAAGCACUGUGAUCACCACCACAUGGACCCAACUGCAGAGAGCCCCAUGGUCCCCGAGUGUGGAGGAUGGCAAGGCCCAUGCUGGAGUGGCCGCUACUUCCUCUCUGUCUCCCCCCACCCCCAGAGCAGGGAUGUGAUGAGACUUUGCUAGCCUGAGGAAAUGGGCCUCCAGCUCAGAGUUUGGGUCUCAUUGGCCCUGAUCUCCCACCCAGGACAACUCUCGUGAUCUAGCCAAAAGUGGUCCUCCGGGUGAACUGCGUAGAUGAAGAGAACCUUCGUGUUGUUCCCAGCCGGCCCAAGCAGGGGGCCUGGGACCUGAGCAUCGGCGCUCUAAGGAAAGGUUCCCCACCUCUGACAAAGGUCCCCAGCCACCAACUCUGGCCCAGCUACUUGCCUCCCCUCUCUGUGUAGAUGGAUAUUGCUGUGUGUAAUAAACCAUGAAUUUGUG